ACGUCUGCGAAAGGACGGUAUCUCAUCCCACUAAUUCCCACCACCAUGGACUUCCAGUUCCAGCUUCCAUCUAUUCCCUUCAUCUUCUCCUUCCUCCUCUUCGUCUUCGUGCUCGCUAAAACUCUGAAAAAAAGGGGAACCAAAACCAAGUCCUCUCUUCCCCCGCUUCCCCCCGGCCCCCCGCCGCUCCCCCUCAUCGGGAACAUGCACCAGAUAAACGGCGGACUGCCCCACCAUAAACUCAGAAGCCUAGCCAAAACAUACGGCCCCUUGAUGCACCUCAAACUCGGCGAAGUCUCAAACAUUGUCGUCUCCUCGGCCGAAAUCGCCAAAGAGGUUCUGAACAACAACGGCGUCAUUUUCGCCGAGCGGCCGUACCUUCUUCUUCCCGUGAUCGUCUCCUACAACAAUCACGGCCUCGUUUUUUGUCCCUACGGUGAUUACUGGCGGCAAAUGAGGAAGAUCGCCACCGUGGAGAUUCUUAGCCAGAGCCGCGUCCAGACGUUUGGGACGAUUAGGGAAGAGGAGGUCAUGAAUCUGAUUCGAUCGGUUUCUGCGGACCGAGAAUCUUCAACGUCGGUGAAUCUCAGCCGGAAAAUUUUCUCCCUGACGUACGGGAUUGUGUCGAGAGCUGCGUUCGGGAGCAAGAACAAGGACCAGGAGGCGUUCAUCCCGCUUAUAGAGGAACUCGUUGCCUUGGUGGCAGGGUUCACCAUUGUCGACAUGUUUCCGUCGGUGAAGCUGCUUGAAGUCGUCACCGGGAUGCGGCGCAGGCUCAAUAACUUGCACAUGAGGAUUGACAGGGUGCUCGAGAACAUUCUGAAUGAGCACAAGGCGCGGAAUAGGAUCAGAGACGAUGGCAAGAGAGAGGAAACGGAGGAUCUGGUUGAUGUUCUUUUGAGGAUUCAGAAGCAUGGGGACCUCGAGUUUCCAUUGACGGACGACCAAAUCAAGGCCGUCAUAUUGGACAUUUUUGGAGCAGGAAGCGAGACCUCAUCAACAACCGUGGAAUGGGCUAUGGCAGAGAUGCUGAGGGCUCCCAGUGUCAUGGAAAGAGCACAGGCGGAGGUGAGAGAGGCCUUCGGAGAACAAGGAACCGUUACCGAGAAAGGCGUUCAUGACCUCAAGUACCUUAGCGCAGUGAUCAAAGAGACCAUGAGGCUUCACCCCUCUGCUCCGCUGCUGGUUCCGCGAGAAUGCAGCCAGGAUUGCGUGAUCAGCGGCUACCGGAUUCCGGCCAAGUCGAAAGUAGUCGUCAAUGCCUGGGCGAUCGCGAGGGAUUCCAAGAACUGGGAUGAUCCGGAGAAGUUCGAUCCGGAGAGAUUCCUCGACAGCAAAAUCGAUUUCAAGGGCAGAGACUUCGAGUACAUACCGUUCGGCGCCGGGAGGAGGAUGUGCCCGGGGAUCGCGUUCGCAGUUCCGAACAUCGAGCUGCCGCUGGCGCAGUUGCUGUACCAGUUCGACUGGAAACUCGCCGGCGGAAUGAAGCCGGAAGAGCUCGACAUGGACGAAUCAUUCGCCUUGACGGUGAGAAGGAAGAACGAUCUGCUGUUGAUUCCGACACCGUAUAACAGGAACAAGAAUUGAAUAUCGGUCCGACUGCAGAUGAUAUCCGAGCACUCAACUUCGAUCUGUUGAGGAGUUUGAACUUUUUUUAGUUGUUUUCUUUGAUUUAUGUAUGUGUGGGGAGAGAGAGAAGAGAGAGAGAGAGAGAGAGAGGGGAUGAUGUGCUGAAGAUUAACUCAAAUAAGGGGAAAAAAAAAAACAAAAAAGAAUUUACUUUUCUGAGGUGAAAGCUAUAUAUGUAAAAAUAAAUGUGUUUCGGAAGUUAUAACAAAUUUCUUUUGAUUGAA